AUGGCAAUUUGGUUCUCUCGGUUGUCAAGUGAUAAAUGAGAGUCGACGAAGUAUUAAUAUAUUAUUUUUAAAGAUUUUCUGUGAGCCACCUCGUAAAAUUCUUCUUUCGUAGCCGACUUUUGGAUGCAACGACUGUGCUGUUUGCAUGUUAGCAUUUCGUGUAAACAACUAGCUUAACUAAAAUGACAGCAUCGUCAAAUCUUGAUCCGCAACUCCGAAACCAAAUAACAAGAUAUUUGCACACUGGAAAUGAGCUCCCAAAGUAUUAUCCGGGAUGUUGGACAUCUCAUAAAUAUUUUGAAGUUGAUAAACUUAAAGCAAUUGAAGAAGCCCUACAGACUUCGCCAAAUAAUGUAGAAGUCGUUAAUUUAAUUUUGAAGGCUUAUAAAGAUGGAUGGUACACAAGAUUUGAAACUAUCGCCUUUGCUCUGACCAAAUGUCUCCUUGUUGGAUCUGCUACUGUAAAAGAAGCCACUUAUAAAGCUGUAACUGAAAUAUGUAAUACCCCUGAGGAAAUGAUGCUCUUCAACAAAUAUACGAGGCUUUUGCAAACAGGAAAUGGCCGAGGUUGGUGUAAGAGCGUGAAGGAGUGGUAUAUAAAGAAGGAUCCAAUGGAAUUAGCAAAAGAAAUAAGCAGAGUACGAGCGAGGCAUGGCCGCUCCCAUAAAACAUUGCUUCGGAAGUCGCACAUGAAGGUUCCAGAAAAUGAUGCUAUGAGAGAUGCAGUCAUAAAAUAUGCUAUAUUCGGUCUCAAACGAGCUAAGCAGCUGGUGGGUAAUGUUGAAGAAACUAAACCAAUAUUUGAAUACAUACAAAAAGUUGAAAACAUGCGUCACUGUGAGGAUCCUGAAGCCGCAGCCACUAUUGCUGCUGAGAAUCAGUUUACCCUUGAUCAUGUGCCUGGCCACUUGCUAACUGCUCAGGAAGUUUGGAAUGCUAUACUGCCCCAAUUCUCAAUGCAAGAAUUGCUGUACAAUAUCCAACGCAUUCACAACAUGGGUUUCCUUACAGCUCACUCGACUACCACGGUCAUACUUAUCUCACUCCUUAACAAUCAGGAUCUCAUUAAAAAAUCGAAAAUUACUCCGAUCGAAGUCUACAUUACAAUGUGCAACUAUAAAAAAAAGACGAGACCAUUAAAAUUUGAAAAAGCUAAAGUGGCACUCGAGAAGCAGACGCGUCGUAGGACCCGUCAAAUAUUCGACGCUCAGAAUGAGUUGUGGGAGUGGACGGUGACUCGGCGACAUCCUAAAGAAAUCAAGCAUUGGGGUAUUGACCAGCCUCCUAACCAACUGGUGCUCGCUGCUCUCAACAAGCUGAUAGAUCAAACAUGGCUCCUCACACCGCCCACCAACAAACGCUAUCUGAUUACUUUGGAUAUGAGACACCAUAUGUUCAAAGGUCGUCAUUUCUGCAAGAACUACGUAGUCCCCCGAAAGGGUAAAAAGACAACAGUUAAAAGUACACCGGGGGCGAGCGGUGACGUAGACACUGAGAAACAGGAAAGCAAGAAACAUUUAUACGCCGAGUGUUUCUAUAAUAAACACGUAACCCCUGGUCAUGUUGCUAUAAUUAUGGCCCUACAACUUCUGAAACGUGAGAAGAACGCUAAGUUGGCCGUGUUCACUGAAGACGGAAUACAAUUAGUGUCCAUAGAACGAAACUUCAGUAACAUUGAAGAGGCUGAAUUUGUUUUGAGGAAAGCCAACCUGGGCCGUGUACAGUUAGACGCUCCAAUGGAAUGGGCCAACAAAACCAAACAGAAUUUCGACGUUUUCAUCAAUAUGGUGGAUCGCACCACUCGCUACAUGGAGCUGGAGUUGGCUGCGCGCGGUGGUCGCGGUCCCGGGGGACGGUAUGGACCACCGCCCUCACCAACCAAAGAGAUAGUCGACCAUUGUCCCAUACGAGCACUAGAGAGAUACAGAGCUCAAAACGUACAAGAGGCCAAGUUAAUUGUAAUGUCUCUGGCUUCACACCGAGUGGCCACCACAGACGGCACUCACGAAGGCGUUUUGGACAUCAUAGGCAUUGAUGAACACGUGCCCAAAGUUAUUGAUGCUUUCACACUCGGACAAUUUCUGUAAACAAUUAUCAUGAAGUAACUAGAUUUAAUAUGAUGAAAAAAUUAUAUCUCAUCUGUAUAUCGGUAUAAUGACAGUUAAAACCUCUCUGAAUUUAUUUAGUACAGUGAAAGUACUUAUAAGUGAAAUUCAAUUAACUAACACUAAAAGGUUACUGUUGGAUCUAGUUACUGUAUAGUUUUGACAUAAGUUAUUUAAAAAUGGUUGUAUUCGGAAAGCAAUUGAAUUUUCCUCAUACCUCAGUAUUCGGUCUGUCAAUGAAACACCAUAAUGUGUUCUAGGUCCAUCAAAAAUUGUUUAAUUGUAAUAAGUGUCAAAGUGAAAUGUUUUUUUUUUUUUUUCUAUAAUUGUGCUUUGCUUAAGAAAGCUUUUUUCUUUUUGGGCUUAAGCUACGAACACACUAAGUUGUUUUAAGGCAUACUUUUAAAAUAACUGGUAAUGAUUUUGAUUUGGUGCCUAAUUGGGUAGGAUAAAUUUAACACCUUAUUUAUAUAUUUAUUAAUUAUGCUUCCAAUACACCCAAACUCUAAAACUUACAAAUAUUGACAAUUCAAAUAUUUAAAUAUGUGGUAAGAUAUUUUUUAUUCCAACGUCGAACAUUAGAUCUCUCUCAACCCCGAGUAAGGGAAAAGUCUUUGUUAAGAAUUAUUUUAACUAGCUGUAUUUUUAAGAUAGCAUUCAAAAUAUAUAUUUGCUUCAUAGUCAAGAUUAAGUGUAAUAGAAAUCUACAUUCAAAUCGAUUCGAUUCAAUAUUUUAUAAUGACAUCGAACUGACUCCUUUAAAUGUUUCUUUUUUAUUAUUAUUUAUAUCUUUGUUUGCUUAAUAUAGUUUUCAUUAAAUUAAGAUAGAAGGAAUAACGUAUUUCUAGGUAUCUAAUCAAAUCCUAACCUUAGACAGGUAAUUUUAUGUUGUUUUUUAGUGUUUUAUGAUAUUAACAACUAAGGUUGGGAUAGCGUAUUAUAUAGCUUGAUUUUUAUAACAGGGUCUUUUUGGUCAUUCGUAAAUUUUGGCACCCGAUGCACACUGUAAUCACAAACAUGUGUUCAAUAUUACAAUAACGAAUGGAACAUGUAACAAUAGUCAAAAUUGCUUUUAUUUAUUAUUCUUAAAAUUAAAAAAAAAAAACACUAUUUUGUAAAACUAUUGUUCGCCAGUACUUUAUAGUAGUUAUUGUGUUUAAAAAAAUUAUUUAUUACUGUUUUAAUAUUAAAAUACGGCUAGUGCGGUUGUGUUAAACUUUCCUAAUUGCCAAAGUAAAAUAUGCAUUUUUUAAUAUUAACAAAGAAAAGUACUGGCGUUCAAACAUUUAUUUGUUAGCAAUUAGUAAUAGCAUAUCUCUCGUUUGUAGAUUAAAUAGAAGGUGAAACAUGCUCAUUACAAUCUGCAUUAAUGUAGUCAAAAUCAUUUUCCUCUCUACUUUCUACUGUAUUUCCAAAAAAACUUCCUCAUUUUCCUUAUAUUUCCUUAUCGUUUGAGAUCUGUCCAAUAAAAGUGUUACCCAACAUAAGAAAUAUGUAAGUCAAAUCAUACAUAAUGCAUACAUACAAAAUGGGCAUGUAUCAAUUUUCUUAAUGUUGUAGUAUAAGAGACUCCGUUUCGAUACAUUGGUUACUUUUGUACUGAUACGAACGGAAAUUUCAGAAUCUGUGAUCACUUGGUACUCUCUCGAGUUUAAGUAUUUUUUAUAUCUGAAUGUUAAAAAAAAAAAUCUCGUAAAUUAAAACUCGAAAUUGCUAGGUUUACGGUUUUUUUUAUUACAUAAUAUGUUGUUUUGUUGUAAAAUGUUUUUAAGACACCAAUUGUUUAAUUCAAGUGACCGAUGUCCUAUUUAUUUGUACAUUUGUACAAUUAUUGUUUUUAUUUUUUUACACAAUACCUUGAUAGUGUUUUUGACUUAACAUGUCACUUGAAUUAUUGACACAUAUUGGAAGAUUGUGUUUCAAUAAUAGCACUCUGUGAUGAAAUGAUGCCUUGGCAACUCCAAUUUGGUGAUAUAAAAUUAGGCUGGACUUCUUUUUACUAAAUUUAGUAUCAAAAGAUAAAAGGCAAAUUAGAGAAUAUAGUAUAGAUAAAACAAGAAAAUAACUUAUCCAUUUGAUUGUUUUAAUGUGAUUUUAACGCAAUUUAAUAUAUUGUUGCUUGGGUUAUAUAGAAACGCUUCAAUUUUUAUUUAAUACAAACAUUUUAUUGUAAUUUUUUAAUUUAAUUUUUUUUUUUAAUUCCUAAACAUUCAUAUCGAAUAAUUUUAAGAUUCGUUUUUCAUAAACGCAUACUUUUUUUAACAAACCAAAUCCGUCCCAUUUGAUAACAUUUCAGUUUUUCGGAAGAGCAUACUCCUAAGUUUAAAAGUAUGAUAUUUUUGUUUAACCAUUCACAGCGGCAUAUCAGUGGCACUUUUAAUAUAAGUAUAACAAAUGUAAUAACAUUUCGAAAAUGUAAACUUGCAUGUUUGUUCUCAUAUUAAAUUGAAACUUCCUUA